AUGUCCGACUCCGAAGACGAACUGAACGUCGACCUCUCCCAAUGGAAGCCUCGCACCAUCAACACGGCCCCUCAGCCAUCUGCUUCCGCUCCGCCUCCUAGGACCUUUGCCUCGAUUAACACUCCGGCCACUGUCACUGAUACUGCCAACCAUUUCGAAGACGACGAUUUUGAUAUCGACGCCAUCGUUGAAGGAAUCGCCGACGACCAUGAGGAUGCCCUCCAACCAGGAGUCUCCACUCCACCACCUAUCACAUCCAGAAGGCCUAGACAGACUGUCCAAGUUGUAAUCACACAAGACCCCAGCUUCAAUCGGGACGACUACAUUGACUGUACAUAUGGCGCCAACAUCGUCCGCCGUGUUUUGAAAGAGAUUGCAAAGAAUGAAGAUGUAUACUACAACGUCGAAUUCGUCCAUAGACAUACGGAGCAGCCUUUUCAUAACCUCUUCAUCUACUACCACAACCAACUCUCACAACCCUUCAACAUCGUCAACAUGCCUCCCCGUCGUCUCAAGCUAAUCCUUCCUGCUCGAAAGGUCUCCUUCGACGAUCUAUUACAAUAUGAGAACGGCCAGGAAGCUCUACAAGAAUACACAGAAAACGUCCAAGAUGCCGACGAUUAUGCUGAGGAAGAGAGUGAAGCCGAACAGGUUCAGUGUCCCAAACCAAGCAAAUCUGGUUACGUCGAUACUGUUGAGUACCUUGACGAGNNGGAAGAAUAUCCUUCCCGCUCGAGAAAAUCGCGGAAAGCAAGAAAAUACGACAGCGACUCUGAAAACGAUGGCCCAGCUCCUCGUCGCUCAGGAAGGGCUGUUCCAUCGAACACUAACUCUAGAAGAACUUCAAGACGGCUCAAAUCCAUAUCUCAAGCAGACUCGGAAGACGAAGAUGAUGAUGGUGGCUUCAUUCUUCAAUCCGAUGUUCUUCCCAGCAGAAAACGCAAGCGUUCUUUGAGGUCGCAAAGCAACCCGAUCAACUACGCUGAUGGAGAUGAGGACGAAUUGCAGUACAGCAACUCGAGAAGCCGCACUUCGCGACCUACAGGUCAGGGCGUCCGUCAGUCUGGUCGUUCAACCCGUCACCAGGGCGACAUGCAGGAUCCAGGUGUUAACGACAUCUAUCGCUCCGAGUCGGAACCACGACCUGUCGCUCCUCCGAAGCCUGUUGGAGCCCGCGAGUCUUUCAAAGACUUGCCACGAUCUGAUCCAUUCCGCGCCCGUCACAUUCAACAUUGCGACUCGUGUCAGAACGGUACUAACUUUGCCCCUCUGAUCUAUUGUCAAGGCUGUGUUUACGCGUACCACAAGAGCUGCAUCGGUCAUCGCGGAUCGAGAGAACACCUGGUCACCAAAGUCGGUAAGAACGACUUCGUCCUACAGUGUCGUCGCUGCAUCGCGUUUCCUAUGAAGAAGGACCCUACGGCACCCGAUCAUGGAAGAUGUUCUGACUGUAAGCAACACGGCUCUUCAUGUGUUCCUUUCAGAGAGCGCAAGACUCCUCAACAAGAGCAGAAGGAUCGUGAAGAAAACAACGGUGAAGACCCUAUCUAUCCAGUACCCCCAAAGCUCAUCAACAACCCUGACAAUGUCAUGUUCCGCUGCACCACUUGCUCCAGAGGCUUCCACUUUGAGCAUUUACCGCCGAAGUCAGACAGUCUCAUGGACCUUGAUAGCGAUGACGUGGCAACUCAGAGGCUCCAAGACUACAGCCAAGAUUGGAGAUGCAAAGAAUGUCUCGAUUGUCCAGGCAAAGUUGGAUCCCUUGUCGCAUGGAAGCCGAUCGAUGAGGACAACUAUGAUCCAAGCUACGGCUACGACAGAAUUCCUGAGGACGAAAAGGCCUACCUUGUUCGAUGGGACGGAAAGUCAUACUUCCAAGCUGCCUGGAUGCCUGGUCCCUGGGUCUGGGGAGCUACAGCUGGCGCCAUGCGAAAGGCAUUUGCAAAGCGGGAUGAAGCACGUCAGCCCAAGAUGCGAACAGAGGAUGCAAUUCUUGAAGACUAUCUUCGCAUUGACAUUGUCCUCGACGUCAAGUUCACCAGUAUUGUCAACAUCUCAACAGAAGAGAUUGACAAGGCACGUAUCCGUGAGGUCGAUACAGCUCUAGUCAAGUACAAGGGCCUUGGCUAUGAAGAUGUCGUCUGGGAGAAGCCUCCUACGCCUGACGAUGCCGAUCGUUGGACUGACUUCGUUGUUGCCUACAACGACUGGGUGCUCGGUAGAUUCGUGAAACAACCCAAGCCACAGCAACUAAAGACUCGACUCGAGAAGGCAAGAUCUUUCGACUUUGCUACCAAGCUCGAAAAGAAGAAACAACCUAGCAACAUCACCGGAGGAGAGCUUAUGAAGUACCAGAUGGAGGGUCUCAACUGGCUCUACUACAAGUGGUACACGCACAAGAACGCCAUCUUGGCCGAUGAGAUGGGUCUUGGAAAAACCAUUCAGAUCAUCUCGUUCCUCGCUACCUUGGUCCAAGAUUGGAAUUGUUUCCCUUUCUUGGUGGUUGUACCCAACUCGACUUGUGCCAACUGGCGUCGUGAGGUCAAGCAAUGGGCCCCAUCUCUGAGAGUCGUGGCAUACUUCGGCAGUAAGGAGGCUCGCGAUCUGACCUACCGCUAUGAACUCUUCGCUCGGGAUAGUAAGGAGCUAAGAUGUCACAUCGUGGUCACGUCUUACGAUUGCGCUGCGGAUGAUAGCGCUCGCAAGUUUUUCAAGUCCAUCCCUUGGCAGGCACUUAUCGUGGACGAAGGACAACGUUUGAAGAGUGACAAGUCGCAACUCUACUCUGCAUGGGCAUCUUUACGUGCUCCUUUCAAGGUCCUUCUGACCGGUACACCUCUGCAAAACAAUGCACGUGAGCUGUUCAACCUGUUACAAUUCCUGGACGACACGUUCGAUGCCAGUCAAUUGGAAGAGAGGUUUCAAGAACUUGACCAGGCCAAGAUUCAGGAGUUACACGGCAUCAUUCGCCCCUUCUUCUUGCGCCGCACCAAGGCUCAAGUCCUUACCUUCCUGCCUCCCAUGGCUCAGGUCAUUGUGCCUGUUUCGAUGUCAACAGUCCAAAAGAAGUUGUACAAGACGAUCCUUGCCAAGAACCCCGAUCUUAUGCGCGCCAUUUUCCAGGGAGCAAAGGAGCUCCGACCUACAGAGCGCGCUAGUUUAAACAACAUUCUCAUGCAGCUGCGCAAAUGUCUUUGCCACCCCUUCGUCUACAGCACUGAGAUUGAGGAGAGAAAUGUGUCACAAGCUGUCAGCCAUCGCAACCUUGUCGAUGCUAGUGGAAAGCUACAGCUGCUCGAGAUUCUUCUACCCAAGCUUCAGGAGCGCGGUCACCGUGUGCUGAUCUUCUCUCAGUUCCUUGACAUGCUCACCAUGGUGGAAGACUUCCUUGAUGGUAUGCAGAUGAGAUGUCAGCGUCUUGAUGGCACCAUCAGCAGUUUGGAGAAGCAGAAGCGUAUUGAUGAGUUCAAUGCACCUGAUUCUCCAUUGUUCGCUUUCCUUCUCUCAACUCGUGCUGGAGGUGUGGGUAUCAAUCUGGCCACUGCAGACACUGUCAUCAUUCUGGAUCCUGACUUUAAUCCUCACCAAGAUAUUCAGGCCCUCAGUCGAGCCCAUCGUAUUGGUCAAAAGAAGAAGGUUCUUUGUUUCCAGAUUGUCACUCGUGCCAGUGCGGAAGAGAAGAUAAUGUCUUAUGGUCGACGCAAGAUGGCGCUAGAUCACGUCUUGAUCGAGCAGAUGGACGCGGAAGAUGCUACAGACCGUGAUCUCGAAGGCAUUCUUCGUCACGGCACCAAGGAGUUAUUCGACGACGACGGAGACAAAGAUAUCAAGUACGACCCGGCCUCAAUCGACAGAUUGCUCGAAGUUAGUCACAUCGAGCACACGAAGGCUGGUGAAGACAAAUCAGCGGAAUCCACUUUCUCGUUCGCAAGAGUUUGGGCCAACAACGAGCUUGAAGAGACCGCCAUUGAAGGUCCAGAAGCAGCAGAAGUGGCCCCCGAUCGUGAUGUGUGGGACAAGAUCCUUAAAGAGCGCGAGAGAAUUGCAGCAGUCGAAGCUGCCGCUGCGGAGCAGGCGUUUGGACGAGGUCGUCGAGCCAAAGCAGUAACGUAUUUCCUCUCUAAUUUGACCAAACGUUUGCUGACUUUCACANNGACCAUUGACUAUGGCGAUCCCACCAACCAAGAUGGUCCCGAUAACACCGAAGGACCGAAAGGCGCAGAUGAAGGCUCUCCUAUCCGUAUCUCCAAGCGAGCACAAUUGGACGAAGAUUACGAUACGGACUUCCAAGCCGACAGUGAUGAAGAGAGCGUUGCAGCGGAAGAGAUCGAGGAUGUCGUUGAUCCGGGAGAGCUACAGAUCCCUGAUCAAACAAAGACAGCGUCAAAGCUAGUCAGACCACCUGGUAAGGAACUCUCCUUGAAGAAAACUCCCACCAAACCACGCAAGAGUCCAAAGAAGACCAAAAUUGCGGUAUCAACNACCAAAGAAGAAAGCGGCCUCAACGCCCAGAAAAAGAAGCGCGCCCUUGCCCCACCUAGCUAUGUCCGCAAGAGAGCCCAGACGCCCUUCACUCCUACAGUGUCCAAUGGCAGAAAGGCUAGAGAAGCACAGAUGAACAUGCAGCAAUACGGCGCCGCAGCAGCAACUUCAGGUUUCAUUGACCUCACUGCGGACAGUGACGAUGAUGUUCCUAGUGCUGGCUCUCAGCCUCUGCCACCUCCACCUCAAGAGACUGAAGAUGAAAUAGUGAUCUGA